CAUUCAGUGUCAUCGAAACACGGCAGUAUAAUACACAUGAACGACCUGACUAACGUUCUAGACGUACGGAAAAAAAUAAUAACAAUUGUAAUGCAGAUUUAUGUCAAAACUUUAACAGGGAGGGAAGUACCUAUUGAAGUUUGUGCUUACGAUACUACAGAAAUUUUAAAAUCACUAGUUGAGAGACGAAUUGGAAUUCCUGGGGAUAUGCAGCGUCUCCUUUUUGCUGGAAAAGAACUUGAAAGAGGUCGAACUUUAUCUAGCUACAAUAUAAUAAAUGGUUCAACUAUUCACGUGGUAGUGACUGAGAGAGGAGGGGAUUCUUAGUUUAAACAUAGCAGUGACUAGCAAAAACAUGACCAUCAAACAUGGACAUAAACAAUUCAGAUAAAAAAGAUGAAUUCCUUCAGAAUGGCUAUGUUGGGCAUAAUAUGGUGAACAUAUACUGUGUGAUGUGUUAUUGUUAUUUUGAGGAAUAAAUAAUGACUUAAUAAAAAAAAGUAUUCAAGUCGUAUUGCAUAGUGCACUAGCUAAUUAAAAGGACACAUUCACGCAUAGUCUAUGAUAAAUAUAACAUACAUUUUAGUAUUAUACUCAAUAACAAUUUUUAAAUAUAGCAAUACACAGAAAUUAGAAAAUAAUGAUAGUGUGAACGGUAAAAAAAUACAUUUAUAAAUAUGGGAUCAAAAAAUAUGUGUAACGCUGGUUAAGUUAAAUGAUAACACUUCAGAUAGAUUCUAUUGGGAGGAAACAGUACGCCAAUUUUGACAAACUGGAUUCCUUCAAUUGGUUUCAUUCAGUUAGAGUAAACUAUUCAAAUCUGUAUGUGAAGCUUAAAAUAAUUGUAUUAUGCAUAUUAGAAUAUAAUUCCUCUACUUAACGUUCUGAAAUAAGUGUGUAUGAACAACCAAUGAUGUUAAAAAUAUUCAACAUUUUAAAUUAGACGUAACACUACGAUCAUUACAAGAGGCUUUUGUUUCCAUAUUUCGUUGUUUAAGUUGUUUCUUUCUUUCUUAUAAUAAAUCUGAUAAGUCAAGUUUUUGAAACUGAAUUUUAAGUUUUCAUGUUGUGCUUUCAAGCCGUGGUACCGG